ACUUAUUAUAUAACCUUCAAGUUCAAAGUUGCCCACCCACCAUAGUCACUUAAAGUGCAGUUCUUUUGCCUGUCAUCGAUAGAUUUUAGAAAAAAUGUCUUUAAGGAAAUUAUUAGCCACGGAUAAACUAUCAAAUUUAUUUAAAGUUAUUACAGAAAAUGGGGGAAUAGUGAACUGUGCUGUUAAGAUGUUCAGACAAGAUGAUUUAAAAACAGGAACACUUGUAGGAGUCGACAAAUAUGGCAACAGAUAUUUUGAGAACAACUACUAUUUCUAUGGCCGCAAUCGCUGGGUAGAGUACGCGGAUCACUACUGGAUGGAUUACGACGGCAGUCAGGUCCCAGCUGAGUGGUUCGGCUGGCUGCAUUACAAAACAGACCUUCUACCACACAAGGACCCCAACCGUCCCAAGUACCCAUGGAUGUCAGACCAUGAGGAGAACAUGUCAGGUACUCCACAACAAUACGUCCCUUACUCCACCACCCCUCCCAAGAUAGAGGCCUGGGUACCUCCCAAGGCUAAGUGAUACCUCCCAGGCUGAGUCAAUAGUAGCUGUAACUGUGUAUUAUAAAUAAUAUAAAUUGUUUAUUAGGAAA